CCCUCCCAUUCAUAAAAAGCCAUUUCCCUCAUGUAGUCGCAGCGCCGUGUCAGAGAGAGAGACACAGGGAGAGAGAGAGAUAGAAGAAGAGAGAGAGGAGACCGUGUUCAGCGCUCGGUGCUGCUGCUGCUCCGGAAGGCUCUCUGCUGAACUAUAACGGAACUAUAUCUCUGAGAUAUCGGACUGUAACGCCUGAAGAACGACAAUGAGUUACUUGGAGAAGCGAGACUGCUAGAUGCUGACCUGAUCUCGGUUUGGUGUAUGUGGGACGCAGCCUACAGAUGGAGUCAAGGGUUCCUCACCACAUUCCUGGAGUCUCCUCCUCCAUUAUGGUGCAGCCGUUGCUGGACAGUCGGGUGCCUUAUGGGCGUCUCCAGCACCCACUGACCAUCUACCCCAUUGACCAGAUGAAGUCCUUACAUGUGGAGAAUGACUAUAUCGACAGCCCUGCGGUGGUCUCGCAGCAGCCACCGAGCCACAAGGUAUCCACCAGGGGGCAGGAGGUCCUGCUGGGUGCCCAGCACCACCCUCACCUGCCCCGCUGCGAGGCUCCAGAUGCCACCACGCACCCCUGGAUCUCCUUCAGUGGCCGACCCAGCUCCAUCAGCAGCAGUAGCAGCACCUCUUCCGACCAGCGGUUGCUGGAGCAUGCGGCGCCCACCCCUGUGGUGGACCCUUAUUCUGGCGGAGGAGGCCAUGCCAGAAACCUGGGAACAGAGCAACCAAAGCUGCUGGGCUCCAAGCCCCAGGACUCGAAGACAGGGGUGGCCUUGCCGGCUGAGAAAAACCAUAUGCCCCUGUGCGAGAAGUGUGGAAAAUGCAGGUGCACGGAGUGCACGCUGCCCCGGACCCUGCCCUCAUGCUGGGUGUGCAACCAGGAGUGUCUGUGUUCGGCCCAGAACCUGGUGGACUCGGCCACCUGCAUGUGCCUAGUCAAGGGCGUUUUCUACCACUGCACCGAGGACGAGGACGAGGAGGGUUCCUGCGCAGACAAGCCGUGCUCCUGCUCGCAUUCAAACUGCUGCGCCCGCUGGUCCUUCAUGGCCGCCGUUUCGCUGGUGCUGCCCUGCCUGGUGUGCUAUUUGCCCGCCAUGGGCUGCGCCAAGCUCUCGCAGAAGUGCUACGACAGCCUCAGUCGCCCGGGCUGCCGCUGCAAAAGUGCCCAGGCCUGCAAAGUGGCAGAGGCCAAGGCCUGUCCUCUGGAGAAGCAGGCCUCGUGAUGCCGUGCUCAGCAUGAAAUGUACAAAGGAGGACUCAUGAGCAGAAGCUGGUAGGACCUUCUCCAGCACUCGUGUACUUCCCCAAAAUCACGGUACUUAAAGGGUUCACGCUUGAUCCUCAUGACAUGGGCCAGCUAGAACGACUAGCACAAGUCUUUACUUUACCUGGCCAUCGUCAAAUGCUACAAAGAGAAGAAGCCCAUUUGCUUUCCUGUUGGGGUUCUUCUCUGUGGCCUGUGGGAUCAAAGUGUUCUGCCAUUUCAGCCUCUAGUUAAAACACUCGCCAACACAGAAUGCUGCAUUAGAGCAAAAUGUCUGUUUGAAAGAGUCCAAUCUCUUUUCUUUCUGUUUAUUUUUCCCUUUGGGUGGCUUGGAACAGUCAAAGUUAAUAUCACCCGUAGAAGAGCAUUCUAUACUUUGGCAAUCCCUCUCCGGAUCUGGCACUGGGAAAAGGUUGCAGUGCAUUCCAGGCUGAUAACACAUGUUACAAUCAAAAUAACUAGACUUUACCUCCAUGCCCACUUAUAAGCUUGUUAUAGAGCUUUUUUCACCCUACUUUUCUGAGGUAAGAACAGGAGGCAGUUUUGUUUGGUCAAAGGAGUUCCUUUAUUGCCCCUACAUGCAUAGUACAUUGGAUAUUAAGUAAAAGAGGCCACCAUACGACAUUGUAGAAUAGGAUGUUUGUGAGGUUUGGACGGGAAUUAAGUCACUUUCACAAAUCUAUCAAAUGCAUGUCACACCGUACGUGAACUUCCACAAUGUUUCUUCCAAAUAUUAGCAGUUUGAGUUAUUGUAGAGGAAAAAAACUUCACCUCAGGGAGCAUAAUUUUCACAUAAAUUAUGUACAGCAUGUAAAAUUCAACUUGCUAGACUAGCAAAGGUAACCAUUUGAGAGAAGCUAUUGCAUAGUGACACACAAAGCAUCCAUAAGCUACAGGAGAAAAAGGGUCAGCAGCAAGCCUAUCUUGCUUCUAUGUCCAGAAUAUGAAGUCUGCCAAUAACACUACCGAUAUCAGUGAGGCACCCAGAACUAAGGACAAAAGCACAGCAUUAUGUACAAGGGCAUGUACAAUUUUGUGGUGAAAUUCCUUUAGUUUGCCUUGCGCCAGACUCCCCCCCCACACACACCCCCAUCCCCCCCACCAAGCAUACUCGGUGCCAUAGUUUAGUUUGAACUGCUUUCACCAUAUGUAUUUUUGUGGUAUGUCUAGAAUUACAGAUAUUUUUGCCAAAGGAGUGCACCAUAUAGUUCUAACUUGUGAACUUUUGUUUAAGUGGGCAUACUUCAUUGUGACUUCUAAGUUCUUAAAGGUACGAUGCUCUGUUUGGGCGCAGCCCCACCUUUUCAUAUACCGAGCUCCCAACUCAUGUAAUCAAGUGUUUGUACCACCGCAUAUUCAGUUGUUCGUACUCGUCUUCGUUGCACAAAUCAAGGGGAAAAAAAGCAGAAAAACACUACUGUUCUUAGUCUUAAAUGUACAAGGCUAGGGUUUAAGUCUUUGCAAUCUUAACUCUUGGAUAGGUGCCAAAGUAGUGACGAACGAGGAGGCUUGCAUAGUCGCAUAGGAAAGAGUUGCAAAUGUAUCAUCGAUAUCCUAGAUCUAGAACUAUGCAGGUUACACGCUCUUGUAAAUAGUGUCGAGAAACUAGCCGUCUUAAGAUGCAUUUCAAAUGUCCUAAAGAAUUGCAUGGUACAAUUUAAUUAUAAAAAAAGAAAACGUAUAUAGAUGAAUAUUAUAUUUUUGGGAGUGCUGGGUGUGGGCGGGGGUUAAAAUUUCAAACGAUGUGGUUGUGGAGUAGAAGGCUGGGGAUUUAGGUCUUUCUAUUACAAGCACUUGAUUUAGCAAAGUGUGCCAGGCAAUAAAAAAAUACCUCUGUUUAUGUUAGCCAUGCCUCAUUAGCACGACAGGCACGGCUAAUUCCUGGUUCCUCUGUGCCCCUGAAACUGUAGAUUUAAUUGAAUCCACUGAAAGAACACCAAUUUCAGUCUGCUCACAGUAACCCUUUUUUCCAUUUUGUGGGCGUUUGUUGUGGCCACAGCUUUUUUUUUUCUCCUAAAAUGGUGAAACAUCUUCUGUGCUUGAUUGACAUAUACAGCUGCUGUGCAUGAACUUGAGUGGGGUGGGAUAGGGAGCCCUCUCAAGUAACAUUCCAUUCCAUCUUAUUCAAGAUUUUUAGCUUUUACACCCCACCCCCCCCACCCCCGCUUAACACAUAAACUUUCCCUGAUAUUUAUGUGUUUUUUAUUUUGCUCUCACUGUCCUCUCGGUCACAGAAAAGCCAAGCUGUGGCUCUAAACUACGAACUGUCUGUGUUUGCAUUGCUGCAGUGUAACCUGACCUUUGCAGAACCGCAGAAACGAACGAUCUUCCUUUUCACAACCCAAUGCUGAAGUGUUCAGGACGCUGUGACUAAACCCUUUUUUGUUUGUCUUUUUUUGUUUGUGGUACACUUUCUCGGCCACUAGCGUUUUAUCAAAUAAUGACUUUUAACCCAAUUAAGCAACCUUCCAAACUUGGGCUUGUACUCUCUGCAUUUCUUUGGCUUUUGCAUUCUUAAUGUUGAUAAAAAAAAGAGCAAUGUGCUUUUGUUUUGUUUAAAAAUAUAUAUAUAGCAAAAAGGAAAAAGAACUCACACAUACAAAAAUGUCCCUUUAUAGAUAUAUUUAUUUUGAAGUUCUAUUUUAUAUAGUAUUUAUUUAGAUGCCUACUUUUGUUUGUGAAUAAAAGCUUAUGUCAAAACGGAAUGUACAUUGAAAUUGGAAAAUAUAUAUUGUUAAAUAUAAAAAAAACAA